AUGACGACGGAGAUCCACAGAUUGAUGGUUAGUGAUUCCCCCCGGACUAAAGCAUAUGCUGACAACAACAACAAGCACUUGUUUAAUGACAAGAUUGUCAUGGAUGUUGGAGCAGGCACAGGUAUUUUGUCACUGUUCAUGGCUUCUGCCGGUGCCAAAAAAGUAUAUGCUGUUGAAGCAAGUGGCAUAGGCGUGGUUAUUCAGAAAGUAGCCGAGGACAAUGGCUUUGGAGAUGUUAUCAAAGUGUAUCAUGCUAAAGUAGAAGAUAUAUCUCUCUCGGAAAAUGAAAAAGUGGAUGUUAUUGUAUCUGAGUGGAUGGGCUUUUAUUUAUUACACGAGUCUAUGUUAAAUUCGGUAAUAUGGGCAAGAGAUAACUUUCUUGCAGAUGAUGGGACAGUCUUUCCAUCAGAAGCAAGAAAAUAUGCUUGUCCAUGCUCAAUAACAUCCUUUUAUAAAGAACAAAUAAGCUUUUGGGGCAGUGUUUAUGAGUUUAACAUGUCUGCUGUAAAAAAAUAUGCCUUAAAAUCUAAAAUGACCAAGCCAUAAGUGUGUCUUGUUCCAGAAUCCGAUUUGCUAGCAGACCCAGUCUGUGUUAAAAAGUUUAAUCUACGAUGGGUGUCAGAAGAUGAUGUAAAGUUUUUUCAAGAGACAGCCUUUGCUGGUAUCACUAAACCUGGAAGUUAUCAAGGACUCUGUUUCUGGCUUGAAUGUGAUUUUGAUGGCAUAGACCAUGAUGAAGAUGGACAAGCAUUUGGAACAUUGACAACUCUCUCAACUUCUCCAUUCAGUCCACCUACACACUGGAAACAAAUAGUUGUUGUUCUUGGGUAUGGAGAUGAAAAUAACCAACAAAUGGAAUUAACAUGUGAAGAAGACAUAGACUGUAAUGAAGAUUUAAAUAUUGGCACUGAGAAUGUGGGAAAUUCAUCUCAUGAUAAGGAAGAGAAACUUGAUAUUGUGAAUGAUAACCAGGAAAGUGUCUGCCCUGAAGGACAGGAUGAGUGUAGAACACCAAAUAUGCCAGAUGGAACUUUUGAUGAGAUAAGUCUGUCCAGCCUUAAUAAUAGAGUAGAAACUGACGAGGUAGUUGGCUGGAAGAUUACAUUAGCUCAGUGUGAGAACAAUAUGCGCCAUUAUACCAUGACUGUUGAAAUGUUAGAUCCUGAGACAGAGGAGCAUCCAGUGCCAUGUUCCUGCCCAAGACCACAGUGCCUCAUCAUUAGCAAGAUGUUAGAGAAAGAAGAAAUGGAAAAUGAGGAUACAGAUUCCUCAUAGGUUUAUACUGCACAUUAAAAACAAAUUGUUUCUCAUCACUUGCUAACUUUUAUAAACUUAAAAUGUUUACCCCUCAGAUACAUUGUCAUUUCAUAAACUGUCCAUGACAAAAGAUCCUUGUUAUCCAGCUUCGCCUCUUCAAGGGGGGCUCCUUGGCGUGGUGAAGAGGCUCAUGGUCUGAGGAAUUAGACCUGUCGAUGUGAUAGAAACUUUGUGAUCUUUGAAGGUGAGAUUUUCUGACAUUAUCACUCCAAAGUCCUUCACAUUAGUUUUUUGCUCAAUUGUUUAGUCAGAAUUUGUUUUAUGCCUCAAACAUCAUUGCUAACUCUACUAUUUUCUAUUCUGUUGUUACAUUAUUUAUGGUGUUUGUACCUAUCACCUAAAACCCAUCGUUAUUCAAAAUCUGCUGUUAGAAUGAUCACUCAAUCAAGUUUCAAAAUACACACACAUUCCCUAUUCAAAAGAUUGUAUUUGCUCAGUAUACAAAAUAUCCACAUUUACUACUAUGCAUACAAUGUAUAAAAGACACUCAGUUCAAAUAUUAACCCAGUGCUUAAACUCAUCUUGGAGAGCUUCAACAGAAUGCAUACACAGGAUGCAAGUAUUUCUUUGAUAUACCCUUUAUUGGAUUUGAUCUGUUUAGAAACUUCAUGCGGAUAAAAGGUCCUAAAAUAUGGAACACUGCCUGAAGAUGUGAAAGGUUUCCUAUCUACUAACUGCUUCAAAAAUAGUUAAAACAACACCUAAAUAUACUGUAAAUCUUACACUGAUUGAUUGUAAGUCUAAUACAGCCUCUCCUCACCAAGUGAUGUACUCAUUUACCGAUGCCUCGGACUUAUGAUGGGGUCUCUGGUCAGUAUUUAUACCUAAAUAAUGUAUAUUAAAGCUGAUUUUCUCUAUUCUUUUUAUUUCAAUAUACAGUACACUACUGUAUAAACAUUUAAAAAUAUACCAUAAAUGUUAUAAAUGGUGCAAAGGUGACAUUAAAACAAUAUCAAAGAUGGUUGACACAAAUCCACUACCAUUAUAGAAUGCUCCUCACUUAGCGACAAAUUCGUUUAACGAUGUGGUCUUAGGAACGUAACUCCGCUGUUAAGUGAGGAGAGGCUGUAUUUCUAUUGUUACCUAUUUUCCCAGUUCCAGUUAGCAUUCAUGCUAAUGCAUCAUUGAUAGUCACCAUAACAUUCCUACCACCCAAUAAUUGAAAUAAUGAAACUUGUCAGUCCAGUCAAGAUUACUGUCCCUUUAUAUCAACUUUAUACAGUAUUAAACAGCAUUCAAGCAGUCCAAACCUUCAGUAUAGUGUUAAGACUGUCAGGCUGCCUGAAAUGCUCUGCAUAACUAGGGACUGCCCAUUAAGUUUGUAAUUUUUUGUUUAACACACCGGCCAUUGGUCACCAAGGCUGGGUGACUUGAAAAAGAAGAAACAAAAGUGUUUCUUCUUUUUACAUUUAGUAAUUCGUGCAGGAAAUGGGUUACUAUCCCAUUGCUCCUGGCAUUUUAGUCGCCUCUUAUGACACGCAUGGUUUACAGGGAAAAUCCUUUUCCACUUCCCCAUGUAGAACUUUGCAAUACAUAUAUGAUACUUAUUUUUAAAAACUUUUAGAAACAAAAAUUUAUAUUUCAAUUUCAAGAUGGGGCAGAUUCAUGUAUCAUAAGUUAUGUAAAAUCUUCCCUAUUUUUUUUUUUUUUUAUAAUUUGUUAUGACUGAACCCAGUAAAAGGAUUAUUUUUAUACAAAUAUGUGGUGGCACUAGGGCUGAGGGAGGGGUGGUAGAGAUACUACACCCCUCUUCCUCUACCCUCAUGACACCCAAUAAUUAUCCUAAAAAUCUCUUUUGUUGGGCUACACCACCCUUAGAAGCUGCCUUCCUCUAGAAUGAGUGCCUCAGGGAUUGCUCACCCACAGACCUUAGCUUUAGGGGUAGACCCAUCUUCCAGAUGAGAUGACAUAGGAAGUUGUUAUCUUUGAACAGCAAACACACAGGAACAACUUAGUUAACCUUUACAGUCAAAGACCCAUUAAUAUGGAAAUCUCUGCUAGCCAAAAUGGCUUAUGGCAUUAUCAAGGCUCACAGUUGUCCCACCACAAAAUGAUAGAUACCUAUAUUGUUGAACAUACUAACUAUUGUUUGGAAGUUAGGAGGUGGUGCAGGAUUACCAAAACUGUUGUCCAGAGGGCUGAGGAAGGGUUGUUGAGGUGGUUCGGACAUGUAGAGAGAAUGGAGCGAAACAGAAUGACUUCAAGAGUGUAUCAGUCUGUAGUGGAAGGAAGGCGGGGUAGGGGUUGGCCUAGGAAAGGUUGGAGAGAGGGGGUAAAGGAGGUUUUGUGUGCGAGGGGCUUGGACUUCCAGCAGGCAUGCGUGAGCGUGUUUGAUAGGAGUGAAUGGAGACAAAUGGUUUUUAAUACUUGACGUGCUGUUGGAGUGUGAGCAAAGUAACAUUUUAUGAAGGGGUUCAGGGAAACCGGCAGGCCGGACUUGAGUCCUGGAGAUGGGAAGUGCAGUGCCUGCACUCUGAAGGAGGGGUGUUAAUGUUGCAGUUUAAAAACUAGUGUAAAGCACCCUUCUGGCAAGACAGUGAUGGAGUGAAUGAUGGUGAAAGUUUUUCUUUUUUGGGCCACCCUGCCUUGGUGGGAAUCGGCCAGUGUGAUAAUAAUAAAAAAAAAACUAACUAACUAUUGUAUUAACCCUUUCAGGGUUUCGGAUGUACUAGUACGGCUUACGCACCAGGGUUUUUGAUGUGCUAGUACGCCUAAAUUCUAGCGCCCUCAAAUCUAGUGAGAGAAAGCUGGUAGGCCUACAUAUGAAAGAAUGGGUCUAUGUGGUCAGUGUGCGCAGUAUAAAAAAAAUCCUGCAGCACACAGUGCGUAAUGAGAAAAAAAAACUUUGACCAUGUUUUUGGAUUAAAACAGUGACUUUGCACUGUAUUUUCGUAUGGUAUUUAUUGUUGUAUUCUAGUUUUCCUGGUCUCAUUUUAUAGAAUGGAAGACAUAUUACAGAAAUUGAGAUGAUUUUGACUGGUUUUACAAUGAAAAGUACCUUGAAAUUGAGCUCAAAAUAGCAGAAUUGUUCGAUUUUUACCAAAGUUCAAAAGUAAAUAAGUCAUGCUAAGCGUCCAAUACACGUCAACUGGUGAGUCUAACAUUCUUUCACACGUGCGCUGAUAUUAUUUAUACCAUUUCUACACUAAUGCAGUAGUCUGCAUAACAGUAAAUCUUCAAUUUUUUGUGAGAAUAAAAAUUCAAAGUGGAAAGCAAAAGAAUGUAAGAGGGGCAUGGGGAUGUGACUAAUGAACAGAGGAAAUGUUAUUUUAGUGCCAGGAAUGUCUUUCUUGUUUAUUCUGGACCCUAUUUGGAAAUUGGCAUCUUUUGAAAUUUGUGUGAAAUUGGCAAAAUUGCUAAAUUCUGACCCACUGUAUUGGAUAGUUGAAAUUGGUAAAUGGGUGGUUUCUUGUACUCAUUCGAUAGAAAAAAUGGAGUUCUAGCGAAAUAGUUAUGAUUUUUGUCGACUAGUACACUGGAAUUGUGCCGAAAAUAGGGCUCAAAGUGGGCAAAAUCGCUGAUGCUUAAACAUCGUCGAGACCGCUAACUUCGCGAGAGCAUAAUUCCAUAAGUUUUCCAUCAAAUUUCAUACUUUUGAUGUCAUUAAGAUUGGGAAAAGAUUCUCUAUCUUUUCAUAAGAUUUUUGAAAUUUGAGCAACCCUGAGAACAAGUCUGGGAGAGGGCCUGGGGACCCUGAAAGAGUUAAAGGGCAUUGGUAAGUAUUUUAUGCAAAUUAUUUUAAUCUUAGUCAUGUACCAUACAUAAGUCAUUAAAGUAAAGCUGCAUUUUUUAAAUGAAGUAGGGAGUAGAAAACAACUAUGAAAAAAAAAUCACAUUUUAUCUGAAUCAUACUAUAUAAUCAGACCUCUGAUGACAAAGGAUGCAAAAGUUGGAGAUGUGUUUUGUUUUAAAACACAAAAAUAAAUAAAAGAAUUUACAAUGAGUGGAAAAUACUAUACAGUAUUUACACUAAGCUUAUCUAUACAUCAAAUGAAGUACAGAUUAAAUUACAUUACAGUAUUACUUACAAAUGAAAAAGAUAUACUUUGUGCCUUCAAAAAAAAAAAAAAAUUUCCAGCCUAAGGUAUUUUUUUUAGGGAGCCAUGUGGUUAGUUCAUCAUAACACAGCAGUUAGUGGUGAUUCAACUCAAUGAAUGGAAGAUGCACAUUUGCAAUUCAGUCACUUUUCUUUCUGGAUAAAAAUGACGAUGCUUUUUACAUGUCAAUAAAUUCAGAUUUCUGACAUUGCCUAUAUGAGGCUUCACAUAUGAUACUGGAAUGAUGAAGACAUGAGUGGCACUGCACUCUCUGUAAGUGGAGAAGAGUUGUGAUGUGACACAAUAUAACACUACAGAUUCCCUGAGCUGUGUGUGUCUUUCCAUGAGUACAGCUUGUCAGUCUCUAAAAUACAGCUUCAAGUAACAUUAUUUUGUACAGAUUUUCCUCAAUAAGUCAGUAUUUAGUAUACUGUACACAGUGAUAAUACAUACAUUAAUAUAUAAUGCAUUAUUUGUAUUGUAAAAUACAAUGGAAGGUGUGGCCACUGAGAAUACAUACAAUUUACAACAAGUAUCCUCUAAUUUACAUUUCACAUACAUCAGAGCACCUACAGACUAGGUCAAUAUCAUUAUUACACUCGUGAGAUCUUUUACAUCAUAAAACCAACAGGCUCAUUUUAUGUACAUUAAAUAUUGCCUUAGCUAUCAUUAAAAUGAAAUGAUACUAAUCUUAACAGCUAAAUAUAUUAACUCUACUAUUUGGGUACCCUUACACAUCCAGUUGUGGCAGUGCGAGUGGUUCUCAGGACAAUACAGAAUGGCAAUAGCGCUCUGGUGACUGUGGAUAACUACUACACUGUAUGGGUCUCUUCUUUUCUACCAAACACAAUUCAUGUCAUGUAUACAAUCAUACACACAUGGAACAGUACUACACUCACACAGUUAUGAAAGACUUUUUAUAUAUACAUUUUUUCAUUUUAUACUUUUUAAUAUAUUUUUCCUUAAUCCUAAGUUUCUCACUUUAGUAUCUGAAAAACAAAAGUUCACCUACAAAUCAAAUAAAGACCUGGACUAUCUAACUUGUGACAUUAGAUGAGAAUUAAUGCUGUAUGCCCAGAACACUGAAGACAUAAAUAAAGGCAUUUCACGGUAAACCUAACUAGCCCAAGUUGUGUAUUAAAAGAAUAUUAUUUAAAUACACUUUUGUAUGCUGUUUUAUCCAAACAAAUUCAAGUGUACAUGUACAUUACAUUUAAAUAACUGGCAUAAGGAGAUUCAAAUCUGAAAUACUAAGAGGUGUUCAAAGACAACAGAUUAGAACCAGACAUAUGGUAAGGACUGUUGACAAAGAUGGACAAAGAAGAGCACACAAAACUAAGCUUUUGUUGUAGACAGUGUUUUGCCUGGGAUAAACAUAAUCACAUUUAUUGAACAAAACAGCAAAAAACAGGCCUAAACACCCCUUCUAUAUAAAAUCAGUGGAGUACCAUAUAUAGCCUUGUAUUUUUGUGCUUUAUUGAACAAUCUUUAAAAAGUUCAUUCCAAGAAAAAAACACUGGCCUUGUAUGAAACUUCUCUUCAGAGUACAGGCUAUAAAAAACAUCGGAGUACAGGUGUCCCUGGCUUUAUGCAUUGUGUGUGUUCCAGGACCAUGGUUGCCGUACCAAGUUCAAUCCAGCCAUCAAUGAAAAUAAAAACUAUUUCUAGAACUUACAACAGUUAUAAUUAAAAUACUCAUAAUUACCGUAUUUUGCAGCAUAUAAGACUCACAAUACAGUAGUUAUUAAAAGAUACAAAACAAUAAUUAUACAUAAUGAAGAUCUUUAAUAUAUUGUGAAUCAUAAUGAUUGCAUAUUGUAACUGUAUUGUGCAUGCAUGGAAUUAGUGGUAAAAAUGGGACCAUCUAAUAGUAAACUCAGACACUAUGAACCUACACAAAACAAGGGACACCUGAUAUAACAUUAUCAUCUUGCAUGAAGCUUUUAAAUUUUUGUUGUAAUUAAAAAAAAAAAUAAUAUGAUAAUUAACCCUUAAACUGUCCAACCGUAGAUCUACGUUUUUUCAA